UGAAAAUCAGCUUUAGAGCUGUGACCUCCAUUUCUGUGAGUGCUCUCAUGUUUUUCCUCUCCUUUCCUCAGACACAGCGGAUCACCGAUCAAUGGAAAGAGCCAAAGAUCUGUGUCCAAUCACAGCUGAUCACAUGGGACAUGUACACUGAUCAUCAAAGCACUGAUGAUCAGUGUGCCCUGAUGAUCUGUGUAGCCCCAGCAGUGCCACCUGUCAGUGCCCAUCAUUGCCAGCUAUCAGUGCUCAUCCAUGCCACCUGCCAGUGCCACAUCAGUGCCACAUUUCAGUGCCUACCAGUGCGCAUCAAUGCCAUAUAUCAGUGCCCAUCUGAGCUGCCUUUCAGUGCAGUCAGUGCCACCUAUCAGUGUGCAUCAGUGCCCAUCAGUUUUGCCUAUCAACGCCGCCUAACAGUGCCAGUCAGUGCCGCCUAUCGGUGCCAGUCAAUGCCGCCUAUCAGUGCCGCCUAUCAG